AUGAGCUUUAGAAGACCCUGGUCAUCGUUAAAUAGCACUAUGCAGGUCAUGGAAGAAUCAGGUGCACCAAGCUUAGUAUCGGCGACAAGAUCGAAGGGAAUCACCGGGAACCUGGACAAGAGAACUCCGGAAGAGAGGGUUUUCGGUAAAGGCUUAUUUGCAUCAUAUCCAAAUCAUCAGGCUACUCAAACCCAUGGAAUUCCGCUCUAUAUUUUCACAUGUGGUGUGUGCAUAGUAAUUUCAUGCCUACUAGUGAUCUUGUUGGCUACCAAUAUUCUCAUACAAUUGAGAACUAUAGUUCCUGAUAACAUCUUUGAAACUGCAGUCAAGGCAUUCUACGUAGUGAUCAGUCUAGUGGGUAUCUACGCAUUAAUCGUGGGUAACAGCUGGCUGUUUAGGAAGCUGUCCUCCAAACAAAAGAGAAACAGUGCAAAUGCACAGUACAGUAGUCUGAAUAGACUGGAAGAGAACUACGAAAUGGACAGUCUUUAG